CACAUAACAAGCUCUCCAUCCUUGAAAAACAACAGGUGUUCUUCUUCUUCCUCCAAGCUCCACAGCAUCCCUAGAAAAGAAACACUCUUCUUCUCCUUCCUUCCUCUCCACGCAGAAUUUUCGGAGGAAAAAGAAACCCCAGUCCAAACGGCCUAUCGCCAAUAAACUGAGAGGAAACGCGGAUACAUAUUGCUUCCACCUGCGUGAGAAGAGAGGAUGAUCCCGUUCAUACAGCAGAGGAGUUCCAGUUCCAAGUUGAUCUAGCCGUGCUGGCCGGCCCUCGAGCGGAAGCCCAUCGAUGGCGAUGAUGGAAGCGCACGGCGGCACGCCGAGGACCGACGCCGGCGGGAGCAGGGUGGAGUCCGAGCAGAGGAAGCUGCGGCGCGUCGAGCUCCCCUCGUGGUCCUGCCCUCCCAACCGGCCUCCGGGCACCUGAGCCUGCUCUGUGUUCUUGCCUUCUGCUUACUCCUCUCUCUCCAUUUGCCUCUUUGAUUCUUGUUCCUGCGACUCGUAGUCUGAGGGAGCAAGCUACGAUCCUUGCGCCCUUCUCCUUCUCGUGUCUGAUCCUGUGCCCUCCUCCGGCAUCCACGACACGGCUCUGCUUUUCCUGUGAUCUUGUUGGAAGCUUUGCUCCCAAGGGUCUCGCGCGCCAUUUCUGAGGCGAUUGACCUUGGGAGAAGGUCUUUGACCUGUCUGGACCACCGUGUUCUUGGGAGCCAGGCCGUCGGUCUCGCCGUUGUUUCCUUCCUGUUGGCCUCCGUUGUCUGCGCUCCCAGUUGCAGGUCAACAUAAUCUUGGGAAACGGAGGUGUCUGUGCUUCGGAGCUUGCUCCUCUCUUGUCGUUGUCGUGAAGAUCUGCGACAUUCGGGACAAGAAAGUGUGUUUCGUUCUUGGCCCUGGUGCCUGUAAAAAUCCUUGUUUCGCAGGCGUCGAUCGAGCUUGUCUCCCCCGUGGCAGUUCAAGAAACCAUACAGUGACCCCCGGCCGGCACUUCACCUGCAUGGUUUCUCUGUAGCUGCAGCUUCAUCCAGCACGCUCUCGAUCCUACGUCCUUUGGCCUUGUGGGACGAGAUGAACUCGGGCCCCUUCAGCGGCGCAGUGGGGCUCUACGAGGGGUUUUACGGUGGUUUCGGCGGCGGGCAUGGGCAUGGCUUCGGCCAGCAGCUGGGAGCGUCGACGUCGUCGGUCCUGCUCGACGGCGGGACGGGGGAGCCUGGCGCAGCCGCCGCCCCGGACGUGCUCAAGCGGAAGGGAGGAGGGCGGGAGGAGAAGGCGGCGACGGCCCUCAGGAGCCACAGCGAAGCGGAGCGGCGGCGGAGGGAGAGGAUCAACGCGCACCUCACCACGCUCCGGAGCAUGGUCCCUUGCACCGACAAGAUGGACAAGGCGGCGCUGCUCGCGGAGGUGAUAAACCACGUGAAGAAGCUCAAGAGCGAGGCGGCGCGGGUGGGCAAGCACUGCCCCGUCCCGUCCGGCGCCGACGAGGUCACCGUCGAGAUCGUCCAGCAGCCGCAAGCGCCACCCCACCACCGCGCCGCCUUCCUCGUCAAGGCGACGCUCAGCUGCGGCGACGGCUGCGCGGACCUCUUCGCCGACGUGAGGCGCGCGCUGCAGCCGCUCGCGCCCAGGGUCGUCGGCUCGGAGGUGACCACGCUGGGCGGCCGCGUCCGGCUCACCGUGGUCAUGUCGCGCGAGGGCGCCGUGACCGCGGCCUCGGUCCGCCAGGCGCUCGACUCGGUGCUCGACAGGGUCGCCGGCGCGGCCGCCGCCUUCGAGUUCUCGCCGAGGGACUCGCUCCUGGCCGGCAAACGCCGGAGGGUCUCGACGUUGGACUCCUCCAGCUCCUCUUCCUGACCUGAGACGGCCAGUUCCAAUCCACAGACAUUGAUUCGGAGCGGACGGACACUCCGACCGUAGCACGUUUUGGCGCAUGCACGCACGCACGCAUGCUGGAUGCAAAGAUUGUACGACUUGACUUUUCAUCAGUCGUGACUCGUGCGGAGAUGCAAAAGCAAAGUACCGUGUGGACAUUGAUUGGUAGUAGUCGGUGCUUGGGUUGAUUGCCUUUAAUUUGUAAGAAGAAUUGACAUUUUCCAAGCUAUUCAUACUUUUGGGUGCAA